AUGCCCAAAUUCUUCUGCGACUACUGUGAUGUCUACCUGACACACGACUCGAUGAGCGUACGCAAGGCGCAUAACUCCGGUCGAAACCACCUGAGAAACGUGGUGGACUACUACCAACAGAUCGGCCAAGAAAAGGCCCAGUCCGUCAUCGACUCCAUUACCUCCUCCUACGCCGCAGAGGGCCAACAAGCCCCCAACAUGAUGGCCCCCAGCGCUUUCCCUCCUCCCUUCGGAUUCCCUGGACAACCAGGCAUGCCCCCUCCUCCCUUCGGUAUCCCUCCACCAGGCGCCCCCGGCGCCCCAGGCAUGCUCCCUCCCCACGGCCUUCCCUUCCCGCCGCCCUUCCCUAACGCCACCGGAACCCCGCCAACAGGCGGCUUCCCCCCGCCUCUCCCCAACAUGCCCCAGGGCGCAAACUUCCCGAUACCGCCCCCUGGUGGCUUCCCGAACUUCCCCAUCCCCCCGCCCGGCGUUGCUGGCUUCCCGCCUAUUCCUGGUCAGCACGGUAUGGCGCCGGGUGGUCCAUCGCCUAUUCCUACCGGCCCCCGUGGCUUGGAGGGAUAUCCUCCUCCCCCUGGAGGUGGACCUCCUGGUGGGAUGGAUCAACGGUGGUGA